AUGCCACCAAAAGCAUACUCGGAGUCUCAAGGAACUGGGUCCCAAGAUCCAGUUCCCGAUCUGAAUAUCGGCAAGGGACCAGAGAGGCCAUAUGUCGUUACCGAGCCACCUUCGAGUUUGGUCGAGUCACGUACACCAAAGUCAGCGAAGGAAAAGUUGACAAUCGCUGUUCUGCUUCUCGUAACUGCCUUUGUGAGACUUUACGGGCUUUCGUACCCUAACUCCGUUGUUUUCGACGAGGUUCACUUCGGUGGUUUCGCUUCCAAGUACAUCAAGGGUGUUUUCUUCAUGGAUGUUCACCCACCAUUGGCCAAGAUGCUCUUCGCAGCUAUCGGCUCAAUUGCAGGUUUCACUGGCGACUUUGACUUUGAAAGUAUCGGCCAGAUGUUCCCCGCGACCACCCCAUACUUCUUCAUGAGACUUUUCCCAGCCGUUCUAGGUACUCUCACCGUGCUUCUGAUGUACAUGACGCUGCGUUGCUCCGGCGUUAGAGUUCCAAUCGCGUUCAUUGCUUCUUUGUGCUUCGCGGUGGAAAACAGUUACGUCACCAUCUCCAGAUAUAUCCUUCUAGAUGCGCCUCUUCUAUUCUUCAUCGCAUCCGCCGUUUACUCCUUUAAGAAGUACGAGAUUUACCCACAAGGUUCUUGGAAUUCUCAGAAAGCGUUGCUGAGCACUGGCCUUGCGCUUGGAAUGGCUUUGUCCGCCAAGUGGGUUGGACUAUUCACUAUCGCCUGGGUCGGAAUCUUGUGUGUCUGGAGACUCUGGUUCAUGAUCGGGGAUUUGUCUAAGCCUAUCAGGAAAACCGUUAGAGAGGCCGUCCGCAAGUUUUCUUUCCUCCUAGUCAUUCCCCUUGUGAUUUACGUCUUUUUCUUCUAUGUCCAUUUCAAGUGCUUAACUAUCCAUUCCGAUGGCGCCGGGUUUUUCUCGUCAGCAUUCAGAACAACCUUGCAAGGAAACACCAUCCCACAAAACAUUUUGGCAGAUGUCGGCAUCGGAUCUACUGUAUCUAUUCGUCACAUCGCCACAAUGGGUGGUUACUUGCACUCUCAUGACCACAUGUACGAGAAGGGUUCUCAGCAACAGCAAGUUACUCUUUACCCUCACUUGGACGGCAACAAUGACUGGCUCAUUGAGUUGCAUGACAAGCCUAAUACUCCAGUGACCUCCUUCGAAGGCCUUAAGGACGGAACUAUCAUUAAAUUGAAGCACGUCAUCUCUCAACGCAGACUACAUUCCCAUGACCACAAGGCCCCUGUUUCCGAGAGUGCUGACUGGCAAAAGGAGGUUUCCUGCUACGGCUUCGACGGUUUCGAGGGUGACGGAAACGACAACUGGGCCAUUGAGAUUGACAAGGACGCCACCGCCCCGGGCGAGGCACAAGAACGUGUCAAGGCGCUAGAGACUAAAUUCAGACUAAAGCACACCAUUAUGAACUGCCAUUUGUUCUCGCAUGAAGUCAAGCUGCCUAAGUGGGGCUUUGAGCAACAAGAAGUUACUUGCGCAAGCCAGGGUAAACCUCAUUUGACGCUGUGGUAUAUCGAAGGUAACUCGCACCCUCUGUUGAACGAAACCUCCGAGCGUGUGUCUUACAAGGAGCCAACUUUCUUGGAAAAGCUAGUUGAGUCACAUCAAAAGAUGUGGCAUAUUAACAAAAAUUUGAAUGAACCUCACAUCUACGAGUCCAAGCCACAUUCUUGGCCAUUCCUCCUAAGAGGCAUCAAUUACUGGGGCCAUGACCACAAGCAGGUCUACCUGCUUGGUAAUGCUAUUGUCUGGUGGUCUGUUACAGCGUUCAUUGCUAUUUUUGGUUUGCUUGUCGGUUACGAGCUCCUGGCCUGGCAAUUGGGCAAACCAAUCUUGCAAGAUGCCAAGGUGGUUAACUUCCAUGUCCAAACCAUUCACUAUCUGUUGGGUUACGUGCUGCAUUACAUCCCAUCGUUCUUAAUGGGACGCCAACUGUUUUUGCACCACUACUUGGCCGCUUACUACUUUGGGAUUUUGGCCCUUGCUCACGCUAUGGAAAUAACGGUAACAUAUGUUUUCCGUAAAAGAGAAACGGUCGGUUACGCCAUUGCCGGGGCCUUCCUGAGCGCCGUUGUUUACUUCUUUGUGUCAUACCGGGCCUUGAUUUACGGAACUCCGUGGACCAACGAGCUUUGCCAGAAGUCAAAGUGGCUUUCUGGAUGGGACUACCCUUGCCACAACUUUUUGUCGUCAUAUGAAGAUUACAAAAAGCUAGAAACAGAACAAGCGCACCAGCCUGUAUCUCCAUCUAACACCCUAGCCGCUGGCGCCGACUCUCAGCCUACAGUCGCACAACAAGCUCCAAACGCGCAGCAAGCCAUUCCCGAGGACUUUGAUGUUGACGAAAUAAUCGCUGCCCCUGGCAACAAAAAGUUUGUUGAUCAAAACGGGAAUGAGCUUCCUUUUGAUGUCGUAAAGGAAGUUCUGGACAACGGGGGAUCUGUCAUGAGCGUUGAACACCGCUCUCACACUGAAAUCCUUUAA